UUUUUUUCAACUUAAUAUAAUGGUUUUUUUCAAUACAAAGUCAACUAUUAUUCUUAAUCGUAUUAUAAGAGCAUAUACUACAACUUCAAAUAUUACUGUUGAUGCUUUAGUUUAUUCAAACUAUGGAAAACCUUCUGAAGUCCUAAAGUGGCAUUCUUAUCCUCUUCCAGCAUUAACUCCAGAAACAGUUCAAGUAAAAUUCUUAGCUUCACCUAUCAAUCCUGCUGAUGUCAAUCAAGUUCAAGGUGCUUAUCCUUUGAAACCACCAUUCCAACUUUUGAAUGAAAAAGACGACAUCAAAUAUGCUGUGGGCGGUAAUGAAGGUGUAGCUCAAGUCAUUGCUACAGGUGACAAGGUCAAAGGUAUUAAAGUAGGCGAUCAAGUCAUUAUGGCAAAAGCUGGUUAUGGUACUUGGCGUACCUACGCGACUGGCCCUGCUUCGGACUUUCAGGUGUUACCUAUGACAGAUAGUGUGUCCAAUAUUCAACUAGCCACACUUUCGGUCAAUCCUUGUACUGCAUAUCGAAUGUUGAAGGAUUUUGUCAAAUUAAACAAAGGUGAUUAUGUGAUUCAAAAUGGUGCUAAUAGUGCAGUGGGACAAUCGGUUAUUCAAUUAGCCAAGGCAUGGGGUAUUAAAACGAUCAAUGUAGUUCGUAAUAGACCUGAUAUUGAUGCAUUACGCAAUGAAUUGGAACAACUGGGGGCAACUCAUGUGAUUACAGAUGAUGAACUAGGUAGUUUUGAAACCAAAUCAUUGAUCAAGGAAUGGGGACAACCGAAAUUAGGCUUGAAUUGUGUUGGAGGAAAAUCGGCUACGGAAAUGGCUCGUCAUUUAAGUGCCAAUGGACAAUAUGUAACUUAUGGAGCUAUGGCUAGAGCACCUUUAUCAUUACCAGCAUCAUUACUUAUCUUUAAAAAUAUCUCAUUCCAUGGUUUUUGGAUGUCAAGAUGGACUGAUACACAUAAUAUGGAAGAACGAAAGAUUAUGAUUGAUGAAUUGAUUGAUUUGAUGAAACGUGGUCAUUUCGUCGAACCCAAAUGGACUCAAGUAGAAUGGAAGGAAGAACCUGUCAAGGCAGCGGUGGAUCAAGGUAUUCAAGGAUAUGGUUCUGGCAAACAAGUGAUUUUGUUUUAGAUUAGACUGGUAGAUUUAUUUAUUAAUGUAGUUUUAGUUUGAUGAAAUAAAAUGCAACAUGAUUACUGGAUAUCAUUUA